AAGAGAGGAAACGAUGAGAAGUGGCGUCCUUUCUUCAUUCUCUUCUUCUUCUUCCUCCUCCUCCCAAUCUUCUGUCUUUUUCCAAUUUACUUACACCUAUAUAUAUAUAGAGAUAUCUCCUUCAGACAUAGCUACACAGCUAAAGCCACAUCCAUAAGUAUCUUAAUCUAUCGAACCGGUUCUGUCAUUUCAAAGAUUUUCUAAAUAGUGAUUGGAUGGUGAGAAAGCAUGAAGAGGAGGUGAGGAAAGAAAUGCGACUAGGGAAAUACGAGCUCGGGAGGACGCUCGGCGAGGGUAAUUUCGGUAAAGUCAAAUUCGCUAAAGACACCGUCUCCGGUCAACCGUUCGCCGUUAAGAUCAUCGACAAGUCUCGUAUCUCCCAUCUCAACUUCUCCUUGCAGAUAAAAAGAGAGAUACGGACGCUGAAAAUGCUUAAACAUCCCAACAUUGUUAGAUUACAUGAGGUCUUGGCUAGCAAAACAAAGAUUUAUAUGGUCAUGGAAUGUGUUAUGGGAGGAGAAUUAUUCGACAGAAUUGUUUCUAAAGGAAAGCUAUCAGAAACCGAAGGAAGAAAAAUGUUUCAGCAGCUCAUCGAUGGAAUCAGCUACUGUCACAGCAAAGGUGUUUUCCACAGGGAUCUUAAGCUAGAGAACGUUCUUCUUGAUGCAAAUGGACAUAUCAAGAUCACUGACUUUGGCCUCAGUGCUCUGCCUCAGCAUUUUAGGGAUGAUGGAUUGCUACAUACAACCUGUGGAAGUCCAAACUACGUUGCCCCUGAGGUUUUAGCCAACAGAGGCUACGAUGGUGCAGCAUCUGAUAUAUGGUCGUGUGGUGUAAUCCUCUAUGUGAUUUUAACCGGAUGUCUCCCUUUUGACGAUAGAAACCUUGCUGUUCUUUACCAGAAGAUAUGCAAAGGAGACCCACCAAUACCAAGGUGGUUAUCACCAGGUGCAAGAACCAUGGUCAAGAGAAUGCUUGAUCCAAAUCCAGUCACGAGGAUCACAGUCACAGGUAUCAAAGCCAGCGAAUGGUUCAAGCAAGACUACACUCCUUCGGUUCCGGAUGAUGAUGACGACGAAGAAGAAGUUGACACAGAUGAUGAUUCUUUCUCAGUCCAAGAACUCGGAUCUGAAGAAGGGAAGGGCAGUGAUUCACCAACUAUCAUUAAUGCGUUUCAGUUGAUAGGAAUGUCUUCCUUUCUUGACCUGUCUGGUUUCUUUGAACAAGAGGAUGUAUCAGAGAGGAGAAUAAGAUUCACUUCCAAUAGCUCAGCAAGAGAUUUACUGGAGAAAAUCGAAACCGCAGUUACAGAAAUGGGAUUCAGUGUACAAAAGAAACAUGCCAAGUUAAAAGUAAAACAAGAAGAAACAAACCACAAAGGGCAAGUUGGUUUAUUAGUAACAGCUGAGGUUUUCGAAAUAAAGCCGUCACUGAACGUGGUUGAGCUAAGAAAAUCUUAUGGAGAUUCAUGUAUGUAUAGACAGUUGUACGAGAGACUAUUAAAAGACGUCGGCACUUCCUCGCCGGAACAAGGACUAGUAACGUAGGUGUUGGUGUUUUCGGCUGAAGAUAAAUAGUCGAAUUGUUUAUGGUUGGUUACUUCAUCGAUUGUUUAUAACUUUUUUCGUUUAUAAAAAUAUACAAAGAAUUCAGUUUAUACAAUUGGUGCAAAAAUUUACCUUAGUAUAUAGAAAAAGUUAGCGAAAAUCACCUGUUAGUAUAUAGUUUGUAAAUAUGUAUGCACUAUAUAAAUUCAUUUCCAUUUGGGGAUGCACAUUA